CGCUAGAAUUGGCCAAUUGGAGUGGCUUGGUAACGAACCAAUCACAGCCACUUGAGUUCAAGAUAGCUCGUUUCACGAUGGUGCACGCAAUCGGGGAUCCUUGGGAUGUCCCUAUCCCCAUUGAAGCUGAAACGUAAAACGGGUCUGUUCGGGCUAUGACACAUUGCUGAAGAGAUAAUGGAGCCAACAGACCAUGCCACAGAAGCCGACCCCCUGAAGAGGGAGGAGGAUGGGGUUGAGGGUGGUGGAACGGCACCACCAGCGCAGACCAAGAAGAAGAGUUUGGGUCUGGCCAAGUUGUCCCACUGGAGGACGGCUGCCUUCUUCCUCUCCCUCUUCCUCUGCCUCAUCAUCGUCUUCGCCUUCUCUUUCAUCAUCCCCUGUCCCGUCCGUCCGCAAUACCUCACCUUCUGGAACCGCACCUUCCCCCAAGCAGCCACCUAUGAUUUCCUGGCCAUUGAGGAUGCAAGCAAAGACAAAGUGAUGGACGUGUUGUUUGUCCUGAAGGCCCAGGAGGGCAGUCAGAACGUUAGUUGUUUUGCUGAAGGUCUGGACACACCUUGUGUGUUUGUGUCGGCGGUAGCUGGGACCAACGGGGAGUCUCUGUGGGAGCGGCCCUUGGCCCCUGAGUUCCACUGGGCCCAGUGUGGUCUGGACGGCCUUGGAGAAACCGAGAGGGGCUGCCUGCUGUCUCACUCCAACCAGCUCACUGCCAUCAACAAAUACACUGGAGUGGUGACGUGGGCGCGGCUCCAGCCUCCCAACCUGAGGAGUACCUUACCGGUCCUCAGUGUCUCAGACCUGGAUGGGGACGGGGUAAGCGACGUGGCUCUGGUGGCGCCCAGCCCAACGCAGACACAGCUGGCGAUCCUCUCAGGGAAGACUGGUGUCCAGAUUGGCUCAGAGGUGGUUCUUGACACUGCUGAGUGUGCCAUGCAUCUCCUCCACUCCACAGGGAAAGGCUCCAACUAUGUACUGCUCCAGAAAGACUCGGGAUUGUAUGGCCUGGCCCUGUGGAGGAUUGCAGCCCAGGCUAAGGCAGGCAUGGAAAAAGGCCUCAAGAAGGACAAGCACUGGGAGCGCAAAGCCAAUGACUCCUCUGGCCUUGUAUCAAUCUAUGAGUCUGGGACAUUGAGAUACGUGUUAAGGACAGGGAAGGCAGAGGGUCCCUCCAACCUGCUAUUGGUCACUGGGGGCAGUGUGGUGCUGAUAGAUGGUGACAGUCUGAACUUACUGUGGAGAGUCAACACCAGCACAGUCCUCAGCGAGCCUUCUUUUGGCCACUUCAACAAAGAUGGCACACUCGACAUAGUGAUCGAGGAGGACAUUGGCAACCGCAUUAAAAGGGUGGUGAUCCUGGACGGAAACACUGGAGGCACAGUGUGGGAGGUCAACCUACUGGCCAGCCCCAACUCACCCAAGCCAGCCUCAGUCAACACCAUCAACUCCUUCUCUGUGUUCAUGUUCUGGGGGCUGAUGCCCUCCGAGGCCAACGCUACUAGGGAUUUGAGUGAGGAGCGGCGCUCCUACAUGCUGUAUCCCCACUACUCCUCAGUUCUCCUGGAGAAGAGCAACGUCAUGGACCACAUCAUCGCGUUUAAAGCCACUCUGUUGGAGCGGGGGCGCCACGCCUGCUACAUCAUGUUGACGGGGCCCGAGGGGGAGGGGGCCGAGGGGACGGUGGACCUUAGCAAGCGCAAACUGAAACAAGAUGUCACCGACAGCCGGGUCCUCCGCCUGGGCUCCAUAAGCAGCAAAGACACUAACGAGGACAUCAAAGAGGCCUUCCAGAGACUGCGUUUCAGCGAUGAGUGACAGGCCACUGUUACCAUGACAACAUUGUUGCUGAUAUCGAAACUGUGUUACAAUAGAUAUGACAACUGUUACUGCUGACAAUCAACCAACUGUGUAGCUAUGGUUACCUUAAAGCUGACUACUAAACCUUCUUCUGCUGA